AUGGAGGAGAGCACGGUUAGAGACGGCGACACUGGAAGUGAAGCCGGAGGAGAGGAUGCCCUGGUGGGGAAUGUGAACAAGCUGACGGUGAGCCCACCAGGAUACUCAGGAGCGCUACGAAAAGGACACCUGGUGUUUGAUGCUUGCUUUGAGAGCGGAAACCUCGGCCGUGUUGACUACAUCAGUGAAUUCGAGUUUGACCUCUUCAUCCGGCCCGACACCUGCAACCCACGCUUCAGAGUCUGGUUCAACUUCACGGUGGAGAAUGUCCGUGAGACACAGAGAGUCAUUUUCAAUGUGGUCAACUUCUCCAAGACCAAGAGCCUGUACAGAGAUGGCAUGUCUCCUGUGGUGAAGUCCACCAGCAGACCUAAAUGGCAGAGGCUUCCCGCCAAGAACGUGUACUACUACCGCUGCCCUGACCACCGGCGCAACUACGUCAUGUCCUUCGCCUUCUGCUUCGACAGAGAGGACGAUGUUUACCAGUUUGCUUACUGCUACCCCUACACCUACUCCAGACUGCAGCACUACCUGGCCAGCCUGGAACGCAGGAACCUGCCCUACCUGCAGAGGGAGCAACUGGGACUCAGUGUGCAACAGCGGCGUCUCGACCUGUUAACCAUCACCAACUCAGCCCACCUGAGUCCAGAAAGGGAGAAGAAGCUGGUCUUUCUUACGUCUCGUGUUCACCCUGGAGAGUCUCCGGCCUCCUUCAUCUGUCAAGGUGUGAUUGACUUCCUGGUGAGCCAACAUCCAGUGGCUCAGAUCCUGAGAGAUCACGUGAUCUUCAAGAUCGUCCCCAUGCUAAACCCUGAUGGGGUCUACCUGGGCAACUACAGGUGUUCUCUGAUGGGCUUCGACUUAAAUCGCCACUGGCAGGAUCCCUCUCCAUGGGCCCACCCCACGCUGCACGCUGUCAAACAACUCAUAAUGCAGAUGAACCAAGACCCUAGGGUGAAUUUGGAGUUCUACAUUGACGUCCAUGCCCACUCCACCAUGCUGAAUGGCUUCAUGUACGGCAACGUGUUCGAGGAUGAGGAGCGUGUCCAGAGACAGGCAGUCUUCCCCAGACUGCUGUGCCAAAAUGCACCAGACUUCUCUUUCUCCAACACGUCCUUCAACAAAGAUGUGGUGAAGGCCGGUACCGGUAGACGUUUCCUUGGUGGUCUCCUUGACGAUACGUCCUACUGCUACACUCUGGAGGUGUCCUUCUACAGCUACAUGCCCGCUGGCAGCAACGCGCCUGUGCCCUAUACUGAGGAGACAUACAUGAAGCUGGGCAGGAACGUGGCUCGUACCUUCCUUGAUUACUACAAACUCACCAACCUUAUCAAGGACAACAGACCAACUCACAUACAAAGCUCCGAGGUGAAGUCCCCGACAGGCAACGGAAAGGGCAAUGGCGUCGGCAGAGACGCAGUGGACAGACAGAGAGAGAAGAGCCAGGGUGUCAGGCACUAG